UUUAGUUAAAAGUACUAUCAUAUCUUUAUUUUUUAUUUUUAGCUCAGGCGUUUGUUUGUUUAAUUUGCCAGUUAAACGCGUCAGAAACACACGUGCUCGCUGGCACUUUUUUUUUGAGAUAUUCGCGUCGUUGCAGAAAACACAGGAAGAAGUGUGAAGACGGAUGUAUGACAAUGAGCCACGGGGUUUGUUUCAUGUUUCAUCUCCUCUGAGAAGUCUGUGAAUCUGAACAUCUCAGCGACACAUGAGAGCCUCUAAACUAUAUACUGCUCUGUGUUUGUGUGGAUUAUAUUCGGUGCCUGGAUUGGACCACAAGUGUGAGUGUAUUGACAUUGUGAGUGUGUGGUAAGAAAAGAAACACACACAAACAAACAAACAAACAAAAAAGAAAACAUGGGGACCCAGGGAACAGGACGGAAAAGAUCCACCAAGAAGGAGAGGUCGACGGCCGAGGACGAUGCCCUAAAUCUGAUAGCGAGAGAGGCCGAGGCCAGGCUGGCAGCGAAGAGGGCAGCCAGGGCAGAGGCCAGAGAGAUCCGCAUGAAGGAGCUCGAGAGACAACAGAAAGAGGAGGACAGUGAGAGAUACUCACGCCCUUCACGGACACAAACGCUCUCAGACGAAGAUGAGCGGAUGUCAGUUGGAAGCCGGGGCAGUGUCAGGGUGGAGGACAGAGAUUAUCUGGAGAAGGGGUCUCGAGCGGCUUCAGCCUUAACAGCAGCGACACUCACGUCUUUAGGUGGGACGUCCUCGCGGAGAGGAAGCGGGGAGACAGCUUUAACUGUAGACGCUGAGACGUCCAUACGAGAAAUCAAGGGUGCAUUAGCUGAAGUGGAGGAGAAGUAUCGUAAGGCCAUGGUGUCCAACGCCCAGCUGGACAAUGAGAAGAGUAACCUGAUGUACCAGGUGGACACGCUGAAGGACUCGCUGAUGGAGCUGGAGGAGCUGCUGGCAGAGUCACGCCGAGGAUAUGAUGAGAAAGUCAAGGAAUUUGAGCGAGAGAAACACGCCCACGGUGUGCUGCAGUUCCAGUUCAGUGAAAUGAAAGAGACGCUAAAACAAAGUGAAGAGCUGCUAAAUGAGAUCCGUCAGCUUCGUUUGAAACAGGACGGUUUUGUUAGAGAGGUAUCUGACCUGCAGGAGACGGUCGAGUGGAAGGAUAAAAAAAUUGGGGCCUUAGAGCGACAGAAAGAAUACACAGAUGCGAUCCGAAUUGAGCGAGAUGAGCUCAGAGAAGAAGUGGUGCAGCUGAAAGACAUUUUGAAGAAACAUGGAAUAGUUUUGGGACCUGAUCUGAGCGUCAACGGGGACGUUGCUGAGACAGAAACCGACGGCGGAGUUCCUGCUGCACAGAAUUCACAGCCUUCAUCGACGGAGGGGAACAGCAUGCUAGAGAUUCGACUGAGGAAACUGGUGGAUGAGCGUGAAAAAAUGAUAGAUCAGGUGAAGAAGUUGAAGUCUCAGCUGGAACAGAAGACACAGAAAAACGGCACAGAGAGCGGCUCGAGCCCAGAAGGUGAAAUCCUUGAAAACGGCAACGAUCCGAACAUCAUAGAAGUGCAGAGAGAUUCCAGCAGACAAAUAAGUGAAAUGAAGUUCAAACUUGUGAAGGCAGAACAAGAAGUGACGGCUUUAGAACAAAACGUGACCAGACUCGAGGGUCAGGUGGGACGCUACAAGUCUGCAGCAGAGAACUCAGAGAAAGUGGAGGAUGAGCUAAAAGCAGAGAAACGGAAACUACAGAGAGAGUUGCGGACAGCACUGGACAAAGUCGAAGAACUCGAGUCAAACAACAGCCACCUCAAUAAACGACUGGAGAAGAUGAAGUCAACUCGCGGCAUGGCACAGACUCCAUAGCAACAAGAAAACAAACAAAAAAAAAAACACACUUUCUCUUUAUCCAAAACUGGCUGAUCACUUGGAGAGGAGUUCUGAGUUUUGGAGGUUUUUUUCUCUUUCAUCUGCUUGAGAGCAACCUUAAGAAAAACAAAAAAAGAUGGAAAAAAAAAAUAUCAAGAAACUUAGUUAUCAUAUCCACAGAAUAGAGAACACAAACAAGCAAAUGUGCCAUUUCUUUAUCUAUUUUCUGUCUGAUGAGAAUGCUGCGUAGCUUUGUGCACACACACA